AUGGGCCAGACUGUAUUUUUACUCGACACAUUGGCUACUAAACUCAGUUUUCUUUUUGUAAAUUAUCGACUAUUACCCAUGGGCUCAUUUUCAAAAAUUGAGCGAAUAGAUGGCGAAAAGUACAUAUACGAACUAUAUGGAUCGAGUGAUAUUGUUGGCAUGAUAUUCUGGAACAGAAGGUUUGACUUUGGACUGAUUGCGUUCCUCAACUGCGUGCAGCAAUUGGGAGAUUUUGCCGAGCAACAUGAUUCUAGAUUUCGACUUCCAUACAGAAUUAACAAGGACAAGAUUGGAGAUGCAUCGAUCCGAUUGCAAUUCAACCAAGAUGAAGCCUGGACAAAGGCACUCAAAUACACGCUGAUCAAUGUCAAGUGGAUGCUAGCAUUCUGCUGUAGUCGAAUAGCAACAUAG